AUGGGUUGCACUCACAGAAGAAGCUCAUCUGUCAUCCCUCGGAACUCGUCUUUCUCUCAGAGUACGGCUGCUUCUCGUGCGCGAAGCGUACUCGGCGAUAACGUUCCGCCUGGUCCCAAAUUGGUUAACCGACCUGCACCUGUCACCAAAGCCGAGCGCCGAGUCAGCAUGCCCGCCCCCAGUGUGUCCCAAACGAGAUACGGCGUUCCGCACAAUCCGCUUGUACCGUCGCCCCGAAUGAAGGAAGUUCACCCGAUAGCGCUCUCGACCCGACGCCAUUCUUUGGCCGUUCCACAAGCUCGCGUCAUUCAUGCUCAAGCCUUGCAUACGAAGGAGAACUUGGCGCUUGGUCGACCUCUCCGCGAUUACAGCAACUUACCCACCAGGCGGGAUCGCGCUCUCAGUUUCUUCCGAGACGAACCCGACAGGAGGCGAGCAUUCCUGGACAGCAUCGACCCCGAGAUAUACUACGAUGAAGUCGCGUCGCCAACCAGCAAGCUCGCAAGCGCUGGCACUUUCGUUGCUCUCGCUCGUAUACACCGGCGAUCUACUCCCAAUGCACUCGACAUGACGCGUGAACGUUCGCGUUCUAAUAGCAAGACCUCUUCAUCUGCCGGAGUUACUGAGCCACCUGCACCACGCCUACCCAGAACCCCGCCCAGACAAAGGCUCCCGACUAUGCGCUCGUCCACUCCACCGCCGCCGGAAUCUAGCUCUAUCCUCGUCACCUCGCGAGCCCGGUGGCCCGCGCACCCUCCCACCCGCGCUCCUCUGCCACCACCGACCAAAUCGCGUACCAUCAAACCCCCGCCGCCGAUACCGCCGAGAAGCUACCAAGACUUGCCCACCGAUCACCCUGCGAUCCGAACGAUCCCCUACCCCUAUGGCCUUGGGCCUCCUCCGUUCAGUCUGGCGAUUUGA